AUGAAUGAAGAGUUCACCUCCUCCCUUACGAAGUUGUAAAAAAUAAAGGAACCUAAGCUGAAUAACAAGAAGAAAAAAGUUGUUAAACCUCAAGUUCUUCCAUUAGAAAUUACACUUUAUAACAGAGCAGCUAUUAACUUCUUGUUUAUACUAGUGUUUCUUACUUGCAUUAUCAUGAAUAUGGAUUAAGGAGCACUUGCAGCAGCGAGCAUAGAGAUAAAAUAAAGCUUGUAGUUGGACGAUUUCUAAUUUGGAGGUCUUUAGAGUUUCAUAUAUAUUGGAAUAUUUAUAGGUUAACUUGUUUCUCCUUUUGUUAUCAGUAGGAUGACUGAAAAACUUAUCAUUCUAAUUAGUCUUUGUGCAAUUAUAACCUCUCUAUUGGCAAAUACUAUAAGCCCACAUUUUGUACUGAUAUGUUUCGCUAAGUUUGUUUAAGGUGUUUUCUAGAUUCAUCUCUUCAUUUAUUUUUGUGUCUGGAUUGAUACCUUUGGGAAUAAUAAUAAAAAGAGUUCUUGGCUCUCAAUUUUAUUGACUUUUCCAUUUUUUAGUUACAUUAUUGGAUACAUGAUUACUGGAGUCCUUGUGAGUAGUAAAAUGGAUUGGAAGAUUGUUAUCUAUUCUUAAAGUUGCUUAUUAUUACCUUGCGUUGUAGGGUUCCUAUUUGCGCCUGAAAAAUAUACAGAUAUUUAAUCAUAUCUUGAAGAAUAGAGGAAGAUUGAGGAGAAAAAAAGAGAGGCUGUAAGACAAAGCCCCUAUGAUGAAACCUUUUAAAAACCAAUAAUAGAUCCCUAUGAAACAUUCGGUUAGCUUAGUGCUCUAACAAUGAAGAAAGAAGAUGAGAUAGUCCCCUAAAAUAAAAUGUUUGAAUACAAUUUGAUAACAGAAAAUAAUGAUGCAUUGCUAUCAUCUAGAAGCAAAUAGGAAAGAAUUUUAACAAAAAAGGAACAAUUGAAGUAUUUGAUAAGGAAUAAUAGUUUCAUAUUUUUCACACUCUCUCUCCUAGGCUACUUAUUUAUGAUUACAGGAUUGUAAUAUUGGUUAACUGAUUAUAUGCUUUUGACUUUAAACACCAGUCCUGAGAAAGUUUACUUUUGGUUUUCAAUUGUAAUGUUAUUUAGUCCAACUAUAGGAUCCUUAAUAGGUGCUUUGAUAUCAAAGAAUGUUGGGGGAUCAUCAUCUCCAUAGGCUCUUGGUGUAUUAUGCUUUACUGCAUUCUGCGCUACUGUAGUUGCAUUGCCAAUUCCAUUCGUAAAGAAUUUUGCAGUUUUUAUGUCAAUGCUAGCAGGCUUAUUAUUUUUUGUGGGAUUAAUUCUACCUGUAUUAAUGGGAUAAUUGCUAUAUACAAUAUAUCAGUAGUAAAGGGUUAUCGCUAAUUCUUUUUGUAACUUUAUCUUUAUGAUAUUUGCCUUCAUUCCAAGCUCAUCUGCUUAUGGAUUGACGAGUAAGCUGUCAGGAGAUGAGAAAUUCUAUUGUCUUGGAGUUAUCAUAUAUUCAUCAGUCAUUAGUGCUGGCUUUUUAUUUAUAGCAUUGAUAUCAACUCUAAAUCAGAAGUAGAAAGAAAGAUACUUAAGGUAUUAGGAUCCAUAGAAAUUCAAAAAUUUCCAGUCAAAUUAAUAUCAUCCCUAGGAGUAAUAAGCAUCAUCAGGUAUUGCACCUAUGUAAGAAUUUAAAUCUGGAGAAUCACUGUUAAAUGAGCUUGCCUAUGAAAAUAUGGAUGAUGCUCUUAAGGUAUAAGUAGUGGGUGCAUCCUAUAUUGGUUUUUAAAAUUCUGAAGUUGAUCUUCAAUAAUAAUUAUCCCCAAAGAAUCCAAAUAGACAAAUGCUACUCAGUGAUAAAGUAGCUUCAGCAAUAAGAUAGAGAAUGAGUCUUAAUGCCAAAAAUACUAAUAACAAUCAGCGAAGACAUUUGCAUUUGAGUAACCACAAUAGACUUAAAUAUGAAUCAGUUCAUAUUCUGAAUGGAAAAAUAUUCAUACCAUCAGUCUUAGGAAUUGUGAAUGAAGAUUUUUACAUUUGA